CUUGCAUCCAAUAGCCAUACUAGCUCUUCUGAUAGAAAUGAUACUACGCUUUUAGAUACAUAUCAACUCGAAGAGAUUUAUUCUCAAUAUAUAAUUCAGAUAGCAGAAAAAGGUUAUACAGUGAUCGAUCAUCUCUUUGAAGUUUAUAGAAUACCUGAUAUUUAUGAAUUCACUUGUGCAGAUGCAUUAAGCCUUAUUCCGAUUGUCCAAUUUGUAGAUUAUAAAGAACUUAAGGGUUUUACAGAAAAAGUUAUAGAAUUAGUUGGAGAACCUUAUUUGAAAUUUAUUAAUAUUAGUCUUCCUAAGUCACGUUUUAGUCUUCAACUUCUUGGAUUAGCAAAAGAGAGGCAUAUAAAAAGACCUGCUAUUUCUUCCGUUAACAAGGGAUUUAAAAAUUUUGAUGAUUAUCUAGUUCAGCCUAAAGAGAAUUAUUCUGUAAUCUGGCUACGAACUUUUUCAGAAGAAAAGCUAGCAGAAGAGAAAUUUAAACCUAUCGAUAAUGAUGAUGCUUUGGUUAAAGGAGCUAAUUUAGCUAUUGCAGAAUAUGAGUGGCUUCAGAUUGGAAGAAUAGAGAAGAAAUUCAUUAACUUUCAAGUACAAUCUGUUAAAGAAUAUCCUAUAUACAAAGUUAAGUCGAAAGAAAAGUUCAAGAAGUGGAGAUUAUAUAAAAGAUUACCCAAAGCUCUAACAACUUCGCAUCAAUUUCCUGAAUUACCUGGAGAAUAUAUUAAUGUAAAAGAGAUAGAGGAUGCUUUAGAUGCUUUUUCAGAUUUUUUAAGUGAAGAGCCUAGUACUACUCUUAUUCGUUCCACUAUGGGUACUGAAAAAAACAAAACAUUAAGAAAAAUUUUGGCAUCUUUAGCUCAAAGUAGUGCUAAUUUACCUUGUACUAUAUGGGUUUCAUAUCAUAAAACCCUUAGCAAUAAAUCUGAAGCUAAACUUAAAGAAUUAGAAAAAUUUGAUUUCAGAAUAGGGCAAUAUCAGAAUAUUGUAGUUGAUUUAAAGAUGCAUAAGUAG